CUAUUCUUUCUCUCCUCUCGCUGUUCCCGACGGAGGAAGGGUGGCAGUGGCACGCACGCACGCCGGCCUCGCCUCAGCCUCGCCUCCUCGCGCGCGCGCGGCCGGACGGGAGGCACACGGUGCGCGGCCGGCCGGCCUCAUUCGCUCACCUCGUCAUUGAACUAUAUAAAAAGGUUGUUUGUCAUGGGUAUUUCAUCGAAGUGGUUUAAAUCACUGGUUGGUAUAAGAAAGCAAGAAAAGGCCCGGAAUGCAGAAAAACAAGAAAAGGCACAAAAUGCAGAGAGCUGCGAAACAAGCACCCCUGCUGCUCAGUUGCUUCACAAACGGAAACAUUCUUUGGAUACUGAACGUGCAAUCUUAGUAGAAGAACUUGCAGUGCAAAGUGAACCAUUGACUGAUGACACCAACACGCAGACAGUUUCAGAUUCCAUUUCUUCAGACAGUACAUUGCUUGGAGUACAUAUUUCUCAAACCGAAGAGCAUAAAACUAAAGAGGAUGUGGCUGCAACACUCAUUCAGUCUGCGUUUCGAGCAUUCCUGGCUAGACGGGCUUUACGGGCAUUGAAAGGAAUAGUUAUACUGCAGGCCCUUGUAAGGGGUCAUAUCAUAAGAAAGCAGACAUCAGAAACACUUCAGUGUAUGCAAGCUCUAGUAAGAGCUCAAGCUCGUGUCAGAGCAAGACAAGUUCGUGUUUCUUUAGAGAACCAAGUUGCACGGAAGAAGGUCCCUGAACAAGAUGAUCAUGAGAAUCAUGUUCGAGAAAUUGAGGAACGCUGGUGUGGCAGUAUUGGUUCUGUUGAAGAACUGCAAGCUAAAGUAUUGAAAAGGCAGGAAGCUGCUGCUAAGCGUGAGAGAGCAAUGGCAUAUGCUUUGACUCAUCAGCGACAAGCAGGUUCCAGGCAACAGAAACCUACAACUCCGCAAGGACUUGAACUUGAUGACAGCCACUGGGGAUCAAACUGGUUAGAGAGGUGGAUGGCUGUACGUCCAUGGGAGAACAGGUUGCUUGACAGUAACACCAAAGAAACUAUGCCACUGUGUGAUGAUAAGCAGGAUAUGGAAACAAAGUCUCAGAUCACACCAAAGGGGAAAGUUCAAGUUUCAAGUGCCCUUUCUAAUGGUUCUAACAAGAAGAAAGGCAUAAACCAUAAAAAAUCAUAUUCUGAUGUAACUUGUGCUUCAUUUGGACGGUCGCCAAAUAUACCUUCAACAUCUUUGGGAUCAUGCAAACAAAAGUCAAAGCUUUCAGAUGAAGCUUUGGAAGAAGUCAGCUCCCAGCCAACAGAUCUUGCGUCUUUGUCCACAUGCCAACCAAAAGCCAAGCUUGUGCAAGCGAAUACUCCAGUCAAGAAGUGGUUAUCUCUGCCAACUAAUGUUGGUGGGGGAGCAGCAAAGGGCGCGACCAACAGCAACUCGAUUUGCAGAUCCACCAGUGCCAAGUCUGAUCCAAAACCACGGGCAAAUGCUUCUAACCAAUCCAGGAAGCAAGUUGAGUUGCAGGCCUGAUUGCACAUUCCCCUUUCCCUCUGACUUCGGUAAGUCAUUUCUUAUUUGCUGUCCUCCAGCUGUGCAUGCUACUUCUAUGUACAUAAUUUUUUUCCAAGAAAAGAAUACUGUAUCUUAGAUCUUGGUUGGUGGUGUGUUUCGUAUUUUUCUUGUGCACGGUUGUGGGUAUGUCGUGCCAUAUUUUUCUUUUGCAUUUCCAUCAGUUUUUUUACCCUCUUGUAUGUUGUUGUGAGUUUUGAAAGAAGGAACUAUGUUAUGUCUGAAAAGUGUGGUCCUGUGCAGCAUUGCAGCUGUCUUUCUUUCCUUAUAAAUUCAAAUCUGCCCCUUCUUUAUUGUUAA